AUGCCACACUUCACGUCGUCGCAGCCUCCUGUACAUGUUCCGGAGACAAUUCCGAUCUGGACGUGGCUCUUUGACUCGGAGCAUAGUCCUCUCCACAACACCCCGUCUUCUCAAAUUGGAGGAUAUAUAAAUGCCAUAACAAAAGAGCAUCUUAGCUACUUAGACCUGAAAACACACUCUACGCACCUAUCCACGGCCCUAAUCAAGAAGUAUGGACUCCAGCCAGGGCAGACGGUCUCUCUGUUUUCUCCAAACACUGUCUGGUAUCCAUGUGCUAUGUUCGGCACGCUGCGUGCUGGCGGAAUCGUCUCUGGGGCAUCGCCUGCCUACACUGUGGACGAAAUGACAUAUGCUCUCAAAAUCAGCAAUGCGAAAUUCCUCUUCACGAUCCCAGAUAGUAUUCAGGUUGCCGUGAAAGCAGCACUCGCCGCUGGAAUCCCCCAGAGCCACGUUUUCCUUCUUGAGGGGUCUGUCUCAGGAUUCAACACAAUGUCUGAUCUACUCGAGAUUGGCAAAUCGUUCAAUUCUAACCAGAUAGCGCAAUACCAAUUUCCUCCCGGCAAGACAAAUCGAGAUGUUUGCGGUUUUUUGUCCUUCAGUAGCGGAACAACUGGGCUUCCUAAGGCAGUCAUGAUUGCACACUCGAACGUCAUUGCACAAUGUCUGCAAGUCCAACAAAUCACACCGGAAACACAUAGGCGUAUUCUCGCGGUGUUGCCUCUUUUUCACAUAACGGGCCUUGUCCAUCAACUUCAUUUACCCGUGCUACUGAACGCGAAUGUCUAUAUGCUUCCAUCGUUCAGCAUGGAUUCCAUGUUGCAAACAGUUCAAGAUUAUAAACUUGAGGAAAUGUUACUUGUACCUCCCAUCCUUAUCCGCAUGAUCCGUGAUCGCCAAACUAUGCAGAAAUACGACUUGAGCAGCGUUAAAAGAUUUUCCAGCGGCGCAGCACCUCUUUCAGAUGAAGUUCUUCAGCUUCUUCAAGAAAUGUUUCCAGGUACCGGCUUCAAGCAAGGCUAUGGAAUGACCGAGUCAUGUUCAUGCAUUACUGCCCACCCACCAUCUAUGUACGAUUACAAGUACGCUUUUCGUGUCGGCACCAUCGUUGCCAACACGGACGUCAAAAUUGUUGAUCCCGACUCAGGUCGAGAAUGUGGACUAAACGAGGCGGGAGAAAUUUGGGCUCGCGGCCCUCAGAUUGUAAUGGGGUAUUUAAACAAUAAAACGGCGACUGACGAAACUUUUGACAAGGACGGUUUUCUUCACACGGGUGAUAUUGGCCAGAUAGAUGAGGAAGGAAUGAUUACGAUUGUAGAUCGUUUGAAAGAGAUGAUCAAGGUCAAAGGCAUCGGCGUCGCUCCCGCCGAACUCGAGGACUUACUGCUUGGCCAUCCUGAUGUUGAUGAUGCCGCUGUCCUAGGAAUUGCCGAUGAUUAUGCCGGGCAGAGACCCAAAGCAUAUGUGGUACUAAAGCCUGCGGCAGAAACCGACCACAAGAAAAUCGCUAUGGGUCUCUUAAAAUACGUUCAAGAGAAAAAGGUUAGAGACAAGUGGAUUUUCGAGAUUGAGAUCAUAGAUGAGAUCCCUAAGAGCGCUAGUGGGAAAAUUCUAAGAAGAGUUCUCCGGGAUCUUUCAAAGUCUGGAAGAAAGGGACUAGUUGUGAGAGUCGAUCGUCCUCCGGCUAAAUUAUAA